AUGCUCGAGGACGAAGUGAUGCUCGAGGACGAAGUGAUGCUCGAGGACGAAGUGAUGCUCGAGGACGAAGUGAUGGUCGAGGACGAAGUGAUGCUCGAGGAAGAAGUGAUGCUCGAGGACGAAGUGAUGCUCGAGGACGAAGUGAUGCUCGAGGACGAAGUGAUGCUCGAGUGA